UUUCCUCCUCACCAUUGACCGUCUGACUAUCUCUCUUAGCCUCAUCUCCUUCUUCCCCUUCCUAGAUCGAUGCCCCUUCCUCUCCCGAUCAGGAUCAACACAUGACGCCCUUGCUUCUUCGUCCAACCACACCGUAUCUCCUCCAACUCCUCCCUUUGGGUGAGAAGAGGAGCCCUUCUUCACAUUCUGAUAAUUUUUCCUUCAUUCAUCUCCGGUCCAGCAUUCACUGCCACCGCUGGAGUCCUCCAAAGUACUCUAGACUAGUUUAUAUGUUUAUUAUUGUGCUCGAUCUGCUUUUGGUUACUUUGUUGUGGAUGCCCCCUCUCGAGCUUAGUAUUAGAUCUCACCCGAUCGGCUCCGUUGCAUUGAGCUAUGGCACCAGGUCAUGAAUAUAAGCUAUGUCUGGGCAAACCAGAAAGUAGGCACUGCUCCAUGUUAAUGCUCUGAGUGAUGCUGAAAGAAGCACGAGUUGUGUUACCACUCAGACUUGUAAGAAUGGUCAUAGACGAUUACCUUUUGUGGUCACUAGAGUAGAUCUGGAAAAGGGUCGCCAACAGUGUCAGAAUCCAUCUGUGAUUCUGGCACGAGGUAAAUUAGCAAGAAAAUGACAUCUGCUUAUAAGAACUGCAGGAAGACCUAUGUCAAAAUUUGAAAACCUGCCUUUCCUGAAAAAAGAGGCUAAGGUAAAAUCUUUGCAGCAAACGGAUGCUCAUGUGACCAGUGACCAUCCUUUGAAGCUUAAAGAGCACAGAUUAGAUAUUGGAGAUGAAAAUUAUGAUUUGUUGGGAUAUGAAGUUUACUCUGGGAAACUUGUUCUAAAUAAUAAAAACAAAGGCACAACUGCUAAUGAACAAAUUGGAUCAAGGAUUGGAAACUCUGAUAGUAUUGAUGCAAAGCUUUCAAGCAAAGCCCUAGCUUGGGGUUCCCAUGUGCUAUAUGUUGGCGAUGUCAUAUCGCUUGUAGGUUUCGAAAUGGAAGUGGUUAAAAUAGAAUAUGCUGGUCAUGCAAGAGAACUUGCUUCCACUAUAGAAAUCAGCAACUACCCUGAUGGAAUAGUAUGUGUUGGAGGAGAUGGCAUUGUGAAUAAGGUACUUAAUGGUCUUCGAGCAGAGAUAACCAAAAGGAUGCACUUUCUAUUCCAAUUGGCAUCAUUCCUGCUGGUUCAGACAAAUUCACUAUUCUGGACUAUUUUGGGGGUCAGGGAUCCCCCAAAAUAUCUAUUACCUUUUGAUGUUGUAAAAAGAAUAUUUGUAUAUUUUAUGGAUACUGUUGUAAGAAGAAUAUUUGUGUAAUUUGUGGAUACGGACUUGAUGUGUACAAUAUCUAUUAUCUUUUUAU